AAUUUAAAGCUCAAUCAUGAUGGGUGUCGCGUGGUGUGACGGCGGUUGGGGAGGGCACCGAGCGAGCGGGCACGGUCAGACGAGAUCGCAUGAAUGAUGAAGAGAUGGGCCUACACAUGUCAAGUUGCCUUCCUUCCAGUCGCACUUCUUUACGAACGAGCCGGACAUGCCUGAACACAACACUGCCCAUCAUGGCCACUGGAAGCAGGAUGAAGCUAGAGGAGCGAACUUAGAAACCAUCUCCAGUGCAUUCGCACAGUUUUCUUGUUUUAUUCAAUUAGGUCGUUGCAAUGUGAUUGCCAAUGGUUCUCCUUGAGGGAGGGUUUGGGAGUACAACGUUAGUGCUGUGCGCGGACAGCGCUUGAAGGCCUGGCCUGGCCCAGACGAAGUAGUGACAGGCCGCCAAGACGUCGGUGCCAUCAGUGAUCAAGCUCGGGGGCGCGGGCCCGGGCCCCACAGGCCCCUCUGGGGGGGGAAGCUCGCCCCGCACGGCCCCCCUGCCCCCAGGCCCACCCCAUAGGGUGCUGCGCGCGCCUUUCAACAUACAAUGUGGAGCUGGAGCAGUCAACAGCCUUAUGGUAGGACAGGCAACAUCAGCAACCAUUAUCCAGUCUCCUGGUGGGACUGUACGGCGUGGCAAUGUUGGUUCACAAUCUGAUGAAGGGAUGAGUCUCAUAGUCCAAUUGGGCACCACUGUUGUGUCCAAGCCUGGAUCUAAUAUGACCAGUGCCUCAGGUUCUGGUGGACGCAACGUUUCAUAUAGAGAUAGUAGGAUUGCUGCUCAAUCCGCAACGCUGGGAGCAAUCACAUCUAAUGCUUCAAAUGUUGGAACAAUGUCAGGUCAACACCGCACACUUGUGACGGCUGUUGGGCAUUCAGGAACAGUCAGAACUGUUCCAGCCGUGAAUGCUAAUGUUGCUGGUGGAGCUUUCAAAAUUCAUUCCCAGCAUCACAGAGUGAUUACUAGCACUCAGCAUGCUCAAGUGUCAGUUGUUCAGAAGAGCCAGAGCUCAGCGACUAUACAAAAGCCAUCACCAUUUAUGGAGCUUCAGACAAGAAAAGUUAUUGUUCCAGCAACAGCAAAUACUAAACUGAGUUCUGAGCUUAUGAAGGAAGCUCCACUGGAAAAGUUACAAUCACCUGCAAAUGAAGAGAAAAAGUCACUUCAAUCGCAGAUACCUCUUAUGUACCAGUAUGUUUUGCAGGAGCACAACUACGUGGCUCUUCCUCCUGCAUCGCCCCCUUUGUCACCUGCUCAUCACCACACUGCAGGACCAAAAGUUAAUGGGGCCCCCUCAAGUGCCAGUCCAUCUUCUCUGAAUAGUGAACCCACCAUUCAGCACCAUCCAUUACACCAUGCUCAGCUCACCCCUCACACCCAGCAAAAUCCAAGCCUCCUUGCAUCACGGCAAUCUGUGCAUAGCCUCCAUAGUCCUCAUGGUGGGCCACAGGCAACUCACCCUACCCGGCCAACGAAUCUUAAUCUUGAUGAUGCGGGAAGUGAUAUCAGCAGUGAUGCAGGUAGAGAGAUAGAACCUGAGGGCGAGGAAACUGAAACUGCUCCUGAAGCCGAAGGGGAAGAUGACAGUGUAACUCGGUGUAUCUGCGAUUUUGAACAUGAUGAUGGAUACAUGAUUUGUUGUGACAAGUGCUCGGUUUGGCAACAUGUUGACUGUAUGGGAAUUGACCGAAUGAAUAUUCCUGAUGAGUACAUGUGUGAAAGAUGUCAACCAAGGCGCGUAGAUAAGAUGCGUGCACGAAAUAUUCAGUGCCGCAAAAGAGAAGAAUUUUUCCAUAAUGAUACCUCUAGUGACUCCUCUACUUCAUCAACUGAUUCAGAGCCUCUAACUAUAGUUGCUCCUGGAGUUGUAAAGAAGAGAGGUGGACCAGGUGGACUAGGUGGACCAGGGCCAGGUCCAGGCCCAGGAUCUGGACCUGCUGGUAGAAGAAAAAAUGAAACUAUGAGAAAACAACCUGUGGGGAACCCUGGUUAUCGUCAAAGAAGAGAUUCAGGUAGAGAUAUGGUGCCAUCCCUAGCCACCCCUAAUCCAAGAAGGCAGCCGACUCCUCGUAAAAAGUCUACAGAGAACAAAAGAGCUCCUCGUCGGAGAAAGCAGAGUAAGUGUGGAGAUGAAGAUAAGAGCCCAGACACAUGGGAAAAGUCUCCACCAAUUCAAUCACUUCGCCAGUGGAUUGAUAAUUAUGAAGAAGCAGUUACAAACCAUUACUCACCCGAGUUGCGAGCACGCAUUCAAAGCAUUAGGGUGAAUGGAGUUCAUUCAGAACUGAAAGUACCCUCUCACCUUCUCUCAGGCUCUUCUGGUGUAGCCAAAUGUAGAUUAACAAUGCUCCCUAAUGGGACAAAGAUACUGGUUACAACAUGUACUCUAACUGCUAAUCAACCAAUUAUUGAACUGCGGGGCAAGUACAUGCUCUCACAACAGCAUCGAGCACUCAGUUCCAGAAAUACUCCACUUCCUGGUCCUUUCUUGUUUUUCCACCGUCUGCCGCUGCCUGCUCUUCGUGAAGCCACUGAAGUGUGUGUUGAUUGCCGUACUUAUGGUAAUGAUGCUCGAUUUGUGAGAAGAUCAUGUAAACCAAACAGUGAGGUCCGACAUUGUGUGGAAAAGGGUACUCUCCACCUGUUCUUGGUGACGAUAUGUACCUUAGAAAAGAAUUCUGAAAUCACUAUUCGCCAUCAAGAGGGGGCCAAUCUUCCUUGCUGUUGUGGGAAUCCAAAAGAAUGUUCAGCUCAAUCACAAAUUGCUGCUCAAAAUAGUUCUAACCUCACCCGUAAAAAUGGCACCCCUGAAGAAUCAACAAGGCGCCGGAGGGGAAGGAGACGAACUGUUUCUUCAAGCUUUUGCAGAGAUUUACCAAGCCCAACUGGACGAACACCUACAAGUCCGGUUGAUGCUUUAUCUCCGGUACCAAUGCCAACACCUGUAGCACCAGCUCCCAUUGGGUCACCCCCUCAUUCUCCUGUUCCUGAAAAGAAAAGGCGUCUCUCUCCACCUUGUUCACCUGUACCCCUUAAAGUAAAAGAAGAAACAAGUGUGAAAGAGGAAGUAAAAGUUGAACCCAGUGAUGAUGAAGUGAGCAGUUCUGAAAAAGAUAAACCUGAAAAGUUUGAAAGUAAACCUCUUAAAGUUGAGAAAGUUGAAAGCUCACCAUCUCCGCCUCCCACUCCUCCUACAACUCGCAACACAAUGGCCAGGAGAAGUUCUACUGUAAAUAGACCUCAGCCUGAAGCUUUACCUGAUUCAACACCAGGUUCACGAAGACUCAAAGAGAAGGAGAAAGAGAAAGAAAAGGAGAAAGAAAAAGAAAAGGAAAAAGAGAGAGAAAGGGAGAGAGAGAAGGAAAAAGAACGCAAAGAUGAUGAAAAGCCAGUCAGAGAAAGGCGUGGCAAGAGUGAAUCAGAGCCAGAGCCAAAGAGCGUAGUAGUCAAAAGUGAACCUGUUGACAAAAAUAAAAAUAGGGCACUGACUCGUGAGGAAAGAAAAAUGGAGGCUAUCAUGAAAGCUUUUGAACGAAUGGAAAAAUUAGCUCAAAAGAAACAGGAAGCUCAAGUUCGUCAACAAAGACAGAAGUCUGGUGAAAAGAGUGAGGAACAGGAUGUACCCACUGCAGCUCAGCGUAAAGAAGUACCAACAGUUGAUAAGGCUAGAAGAAGAAAGCGGAAGGGGAGGGGGCGGUCUGCUAGUACACAGCAGAAGGAGAUACCACAAGCUAGUACAAGAUUGCAGAGACGUACUAGAUUGUUAAGGGGAUCAGGUAGAGAUGUUGAACCAGAUCCUGAUCAAGAACAAGACAAUGAUAUGGACCAGGAUCAAGAUGUGGAGCCAGAUGCAGAUGAUGUAUCUUCUGAUGAGGAGACCCAGUCUCCUCAAUCUAUCUUCCAAGAUGUUAAUAACAAAACUCCUCCUCCCAAUUUUGAUAAGGAUGCUGGAAGCUGUUCAUCUCAAGGCUCAACACCACCCACACCUUUAUCAUCUGCAUGUCUUCUAGUCGCUGCUGCUGUUGGACCUCUUGCCCCUGGUUUUAAAUUCCCCAAAACAAAGAAGGGUCUGUUGACAUCAUGGUUCAAGACACCAGAUGGGGCUUCAACACCUGAGCCAGGGAAAGCUGCACUUCCCUAUAUGAAACCACUUUCACCCGAGGGUGUAAAUAACAAUAUGAUCAAUUCAGGGUCUGGCUCUGCUGGGUUUGCCAAAAAAAGAUGGUUGCGUCAAGCUAUUAGUGAAGACCAUGCUGAUUCACCCAAUGGUAAAGCAGGACUUGGUGAAACAAUAGAAUGUGUCACACCACUAAAGAAGCGAAGACUUGCUCGUGAAUCAAUGUCAGCAGAUUCUCCUGUCAUUAAUGACUUUGAGUCAGAUCAGCCAACUCCAGAUGAAGAUACUUUAGAUGGCCCUACUCCUGCUAAUGAAAAUGCAGAUAAUGAAAUGAGUAGUCCUGAUGAAGGUUCUCAAUCAGCUGAAGAUGUUGAUAUUCCCCCGGUUAAACACCCUCUGACAGCUUUUGAGGAUGUACCAUUGCCGGCGGUGAGUGUGCCGCCUUUACAAGAGUUUAUGGGUGGAGAGUCUGAGGUGGACGAGAGCAUAAGGUUCCCCCCUAAACCACCUCAACAUUUUCCUGAACCCGAAAUCCCAGUUCAUAUCCCCACUCUUGCUCCUCCUGUUCCUCUUCUGAGUGCCAGUAUUCAGGGUCCUCCUACAGAUCCGCGGAGACCUAGAGAGAAUUCACUGAAACCCUCGGUGAUGCCUGUCUCGCGCCCUGGUGUGCCCCCCCAAGGCCUCAUAAAUGCCUUCACCCCAAUCCCUGCCCUUGCUCCUGUCGCCACUCCCCCUGUAGCUCGAUAUGUGGCUCCUCCACCAGCACCUCAACCCCCUGAACCACCAGCAAUCAAGCGCAAGCUUUCAAUAUCUGAAUAUCGCCAAAGGAAGCAGCGUACUAGUACAGACACUGCAACACUUAAAGUGGAAUCUUCACCCACUCUUGAACCAUCCACCUUUAACAAUGUCAAGCCUGUCAGCCGAUCCAGAAGUAGCAGUACUAGUAGUAGCAGUAGUUUGUCUUCAGAUGAUGAAUCAAGUUCUGCCCCAAUCAUGAACAAAAUUCGUCAGCUUGAUAUGCGUGCUGCAAAAGUGGGAGCAUUUGCCACAAGUGGUGCAUCUUCCACUACAGGGUCUGCUAUUCCAAGCAUUGUGGGUGGCAGCAUCUCUGGAUUAAAUAUUGAUCCCAAUGCACUAGCCAAGGAUGGAGAAGGAGACGAUAAGAAAGUCGGUUCAUCCUGGAGCUCUGCGCCCACACUUGUGGAACGUCAAAGAGAGAAUUUGACAGAAAGGCUUAGAAGAGAAUUUGGCUUGUUUGUUAAUGAUGAAGCAGAAGAGGCAGAACGUGUCCGUAAGCUGGCGCUUCUGGGUGCUGCUGGAGGCAUUGUGGACUCUGCCGGUAUUCAGCCUGCGGUUCCCGUCUCUACCCCAGUUACCGCUCUGGGAACUGCUCCUGUUCUCUUGCCUUCUGGGGCACCUAUUCUCGCGCCUCCUGGGGCGCCCGUUCUCGCGCCCUCGGCGGCGCCAGUUCUCGCGCCCUCGGGGGCGCCAGUUCUCGUGCCUUCUGCGGCGCCCACUCUCGCGCCCUCGGCGGCGCCCAUUCUCACCCCUUCUGGGAUGCCUGUUCUCGCGCCUGCUGUAGCGCCGGCCGUAGCGCCGGCCGUAGCACCUGCAGUAGCACCGGUUCUGACUCCCACACCGGCUCCCACGCCUGCUGCUGCUGCUGUUGUUGCUUCUGCAAUCCCCACUAUUGCCCCGAUCCCUGCAAAGGACUUCAAAGACAAGGAGAAGGAUAAGGACGUGAUGAUGUCCAAUCCCAUCCCGUCUCUUGGCAAGAAGAAGGGGCCUCUCCCCCCUCCUCCUCCCCCUGGGCUGCCCCCCUCGUCUCAGCCGUACACGACGCCUCCGGGGGCCAACCCACCUCCUCCAGCACAUCUGAUGCCGCAGCCACCCCCUCCGGGGACGGGCCCGGGGCCCAUGCCGCUUCCCUCAGGUCGGCCCUCCGUGCGGUCCAACUCCGGCUUCUACUACCAACAAUUCGGCCGGCCAUGAGGACAGCCCGGCGGCGGGCGAGGCCGUGGUGGAGGCCGUGGUAGUCGCCCCCGCCGUUACCAGUUCGUCCGCUAAGGGCCGAGGCCUAGCCCUAGCGGGGGAACCUUUUACAGCCAUCAGUUCCUACAGUGAUAGUAUUUAUUUGUCUAUAUAACGUUUAUUAUAUAGGGAAAUAGAUGAACUUGUUAGAUUGACAAAUGCACCUUAUUGCCAGUGGCUAUGCGUUUAGUCAUGGUAUGUUGCGGUCGUGAUUCUAUAUUAACUUCCCAGUUUUGUUACUUUUUUAAGAAAUAAUUGUGGUACAGGGUGUUCUGUACUUGACAUGAUUUUAUAAUUUAGAUAUUAACCGCUGUAUUUGGUUAAAAUCCUUUGUUCCUUAAACAGUUGGAGUUUAGCAGCAUUGCGUUUGGACUGCAUAUUUUUGUGAUUGCUGAUGAGUUUUGUAUGAUUUAAGGAAAAGUGUUAACUUAAUUGUUGCUUUGUGAUGAACUCCAUUCAUAGUUAUUUGAAUACCAGUGUUGUGAUUGUUAAUGAUGAUAUACAGUGCUGUGUAUAUUUUGGAAAACACCUAAUUCUCCCACUUUUUUCAUAUUAAAGUGUUGCAGAAGUGUAUUGAUGGAAAUGUGCAAAUUAUGUAUUUAUUGUAAUUAUUCUAUUGCCGUUACCAUAGCCAGCUCUUUAGAGGCCAGGUGGCAUGAAUAUAUGGGUUUAGUCAAUUUACUUCAGUAAUCUUUCUUAACCUUGUUUUGUGGGCCCCGAAUCUCGUGUUGGAAGUUGAGAUUUGCUGCUUAAGGCUUCGCAUCCACUGUUUGACUUUGAGUCUUUGCAUUUAGUUGACAUCUGCGGUUGCAGAGAAUGCCAACCUAGUUACAAAAGUUUGUUGAGGAUUUAUAUCUCUUGUAGUAUUGCUGUAGCCGAAGCCCCAUUGCUAUACUUACAUUGUUGUAACUUUUAAUGCCUGUUGUUAAGUAAUAGUAGCGGUUGUUCUUGCAUUAGGAAUUAUCACCCUUUGGCUUCUGUAGCUAUUAGCAAAAUUAAAGGGGUUGAGCUUUUAACCUCAUUUAUUGAAAUUAGUUAUAACAAUGUGCAGUUGAAUGUGAUUUCUUCAGAUGAGUUUCUGUCAUCCAUGCUAAAAUCUCAUGGGCUCACCUCCCUUUGAAUGAAAUUCAUGAAUGUGUCUCCUAAAACCCAGGUGUGGGAUUGGAUGUUUCAAAGGCUUGUGAGCUCACUCUCUAUUUCUCUCUACAGUGUCUGGCAUGGUGAUGGUGAAAGUUGAAGACAGUACAAGCAUAUGUAGAUAAACUAGCUUUACAUGUUUGUUUGUUUUACUUUGAUUUUAGUUGUGUGAUGAAUGGGAGUUUCUAGUUAAUGUUUAACACAUCUCCGUACUGAAUUUCUGGUUAGUGUGACACACCUUUGUUGUGGACUCUGGUUGUAUCUCAAACCUUGCACCUUAAGUACUUGACGAUAACAUGUGAACACUCAAAUUUCACAAUAUCCCUGAUAUAUUUUCUGUGUUAUAAGUCUACCUUGUGUUUGUGGUCUUUAUAAAACUAUUGUUGCAACGGAUCGUGUACAGAUUUUCUUUACUGGAUCUGACUUGAAAAUUGUUUCUUUUUUUCUCAUGUUGUUUUUUUUGUUUUUAUGCAAAUGUCACUGUUUGUCAUAAAUAUGUGUUUGGUGCUUGUGUGUGUGACUGGAACCUAGUGGAAAGUGACAGAAUAUUUCUUCUUACUUUGCACUAUGUUUUCACUUUAGUGUUAUUGUAGUCCUCCCCCACUAUACACAGGUUCCAUGCAAACAGUGACAUUUCCUUGUAGUUGAUUAUUAUCAUACUUAAGCAAAUUCUAAUAAUCAUUAAUUGACAAGAAUGAAUCAAAUGUCCUUCUGAUGUGGAUAUACUUGCAGAUCAAAUUGCUUCAACCUUACUUAAGUAUUAAUUUUAGCAGCAACCUUACUUUUCUUAAGAGAUGAUCAAAGUUUUGAAUGCUCCUUUGCCCCUUUAAAACUUUGUUUCCCAACAGAAGUGUUGUACAGCACUACUACGCUAGACUUCAAAGUAAGAUUGUUUUAAAAUUAAUAGUAUUGCUGUUGAUAUUUUAAAUUUUGAUAAAUGUGAUUGACUACCAUUCAUUUUCUAGUGACAACAAUUACCUUACCCUAAAUUUAUAAAUUUACAGUGUUCUUUAAUAUCCUAAGGUUGUUAGUGGGCCCUAAAAUCCUGCGAAUAAUCACUGAUAAAUUGCUCUCUUGUCCUAGCAGCUGCAGUGCAAUCAAAAUUUGUACUAAUUUAUGGGAAAUCUAAACUCAGUACUGCCUUGCUGUGGGACGCAAUUUUGCUGUUAUCUUCUUAAUGUUUUGUGGA